GUAGCUGCACACCCCGAGGAAGGGCUUGUUUUCCUGCCCGGAUGAUGAAUUUCUCCGCAAGGUCAUCCCUGCCCGCGGCGGCGGCGUGCCCGCGGUUCCCCGGGCGCUGCCGCGGAGAUUAGCUUUACAUGAAACCUGUGGCUGACAGCCUGCCCUGUUGUAUCCACUGCCUGUCGAAAAAGCUCUGAGGAGAAAGCCAAGAGCAAACCGCAUCUCUGAGACAGCCCAUGGGGACUGUACCAGAUCCUCUGAGAUCUGCCAAGCUUUCCCUGGCCACAGCGUCUGCGGAGGAGGACCACCUGGGAGACCUGCAUCCUGCUAAGCAUCAGCCCCAGUUACCCAGUGGAGGGAAGGCCAGCAAUGGCUUCCCAUGCACGCCAUCCAGCUCUGCUGGAGUUUGCUUGUCUGACCUGAAACGUGCAGGAGCUGCCAGCACACACAGGUGUGAGCAACGCUGUGAGGACGAUGCUAGCCAGCGUGAAGCCUUUCCUCCUGGGAUCUCCAGCAAAGCUGUGGAGGGGUGUCCUGCAUCCAUAGAGCCUGCUGGACCAGCAGCAGCACCAGCAACCCCUGCAGUAGGAGCCCUGUUAUCGGGGUGUGGGCCAGAGAUGAUGCCAGCCCCACAGAGCUCCCGGCAGUUUGUGCAAAGCAGCCAGGCAAAAACAAGCUCCCUGAUGCAAAUAGAUGACUCUGUCCUGAAACCUCAGGGGACUGAUGAUCAGCCAGCACUUGAGGUGUUGAAUUAUCCUUCCCCGGGUGACCCUGUCAGGGGUAAUGAGUCCUGUCCUACUUCCCAGGCAAACCUUCUACAAAGAGGGGAGAAAGACAGGGGAGCGGAAAAGUCAGCAAGACACACAGAAGCUACCCUGGGAAGAGACCCACAGACCAGUUCGGAGGCAAAAAGUGGGGCUGCAGACACCACACAGUUGCAUCCCACAGAUAAGACUGAAGAGGUGCUGAGCAGCAAGGCACCAGCCCAGUCUAGCCACGAGAGCCAGCAUCCCAUGCACAGCGCAGACCCUGGGCUGGGGAAUCCAGCCCCUACCCAGCUCUCCAGAUUCAGAGAAACAGGUACAAUGACGGUUCAGGCAGAGAGCAGCUCUUUAACUCAGGAAGCAGUAAACAGGACAUGGCGAGAUGCCGAGGUUCAGGCCGUGGCUACUGUGGAGAGCAGAUCGGCCUCCACCAGUCCCAGCAUCCUUGCUGCCUUCCUAAAAGGGAAUCCUCCUCCAGAGGAGAAGGAAGAACUGCACGUAAUUUACCAAGGAGGGAUGGGGCUGAGCCAGUGUGCACUUACUGACAGUUUAUCUUCACAGCAGAAGUCCCCAUGUUCUCCUGGUACCACGUCAGAAUCAACUGUUGUUAUGGCUGUGACUGCUUCAGCCCAAACUGAGCCUGUCAAACUGCCUGGGGUCCCAUCUGAUGUGGUGCCUCCAGUGUCAGCAGAUAAUGCAAAACCUGUUCUCCCCAUGUCCCCUGCAGCCAUUACCUCCCAAGAGACAUCUGUGAGUAAUGGUGAAAUGACGGGUAUAGCCCAUGAAGGCAAGGGUGCUGCUCAGCUGCCAGUGGAUGCUCCAGUCCCAUCAAAGCCCAUCCCUGCUGGGCAGCUUGCAGUUGACUCCAGUAAUCAAACGCCAGCACAGUCUGGGUCUGGUGCUGGUGAACGAAGCACCACUUCUGCUGCUGCUGCCCCAGGAAUCCAAAGCAAUGUGCAAGAUCCUGUCCAUGAUGCACAAAGCAGUCAGCUAUCUUUACUCUGUAGUACUGACAGAGAAGUCAAGGAGAAGGAGGUCCUGGGCAGCUCUGAGAAAAAGCCUGCACAAAGUAAGGGUUUGAGUCAAGGGGAGGCCAUUCCUAAUCAAUCCACAGUAAAACCAAAGGAAGAAAUCUCAGUGGUGCUUGAUCCUAAAGGAGAGAUGAAUGUUAGCAGCCAACCUGCUGCUGUCCACAUAAAGGUGUCCUCAAAGGAUGCAGGUGAAAAGGAGAGCAGAAACCAGGCAGACACUGGCCAGGCUCAGACGGUCAGCAGCCAGAGCGGGCAGGCAGGACUGAUGCCUAAGUUGAGUGUGAGUUCUGCACAUUCCACACUUUCUUUGGAGUCAUCAGCAGCUCCCCAGCAGCAGGGCCUCCAUGCCAAGGAGUCCAGACGGGAGCUUCACUCAGCAGCUCAUCCUGCUUCAGCUCAAGCCUUACCAAACCUGGGGGAAAACAAAAAGCAUCCCACCCCAGCCAUGGAGGCAAAAGUGCAGGUGAAGCAGUCCAAACACGUCAGGGAUGUUGUUUGGGAUGAGCAGGGCAUGACAUGGGAGGUUUAUGGUGCUUCCCUUGAUCCAGAAUCCCUGGGAAUUGCCAUCCAGAAUCACCUACAGAGACAAAUACGGGAACAUGAGAAACUGAUCCGGGCUCAGAACAGUCAGACCCGGAAAUCCAUUUCUUCGGAUACAUCCUCAAAUAAAAAACUGAAAGGAAGGCAGCACAACAUGUUCCAGUCCAUGCUGCAGAAUUUUAGGCGUCCCAAUUGCUGCGUGCGACCCGCUCCCUCUUCUGUGUUAGACUGACGUGGUUUGCAGGGAUGCAUAGGUGUCUCUGAUAGUAGAGAGAAUCCCUGCCCUCAAGUCUUGAGUCCUGCUGUUGUGUUAUUGGGGUUGUGAUAAAGCAACAGUGGAAAACUGUUCCCUUUUGUUUUUUAAGUAGCCAUGCGCUCCAUAAUGCCGUUAUUAUUGCCACAGCUGGUGUGUUUCCACUUUACACCCCCAUCCCAACUGCUGUCAAAUGAAAAGCUAGGCACUUAGCAAAAGCACAAACUUAAAUUGACACCUCACUGCAGAGAGAGAGCAGCAUCUUCUGAUACAGCAAGAAGCAGAGAGAUUGUCAUAAGUGUUAUGGGAAGUUAUUUAUGUGUAUCACAAGGUCUUACACAAAGGGGUGGGUUGGGGGAAGCCAGGUAAGGUGAAGCUAAGGUUCAACAGCUGUAAAGAACUAAUGCAAGACCACUUUCCUGGGAAGUUACCCACACUGAGGCAAGUCUGAAAAGGUUAUGGAUGUUGAUCCCUGAGCAGUCUCACUUCUAUUGAUACUGUGGGGCACUGUUCUGUAAGCCCCAGAGAGCAAGGUCUUCCCCUCCCAUUGGAAUGGAGAGCCAGGCAAAAAGUGUGGAGUAAGGCUGAAGGAUUAUCUCUUUGGGAGAAGUUAAGUCAAUGGGAUUAUUAUGGCUAGAAGGGGAGGUGAGAGGGUGGUAUAUUCUGUGAGCUUUGUCUCCCCAGACAUGUUUAAAGUGUAAGCAGGCAAUGCACACAGGGCAGGCAACGCACGAGAGAGUGCAUCAAUAGAUGUACCUGCAUCCGACAGCGCGGUGCCCUCUCUCAUGCUGUGGCACUCCAGCCAAGUCUUUCAAAAGCAGUGAGCCAUUACAGCUCCUCAGCUGGGGUGGGCAGCCCCCACUUCCAGCCUCCUGUGAUGCUGAGCACCUCUCAUCCAAAUCACUUUUUAAAGUGAUGCGGCUCUUUUUUCUUUCUCCAGAGAUACACACUACCAUUUUCCCAUAGGAGCAGGCUAUCCUGUGCAUCUGGGUCCAUGAGCCUAUUGGUCUAGUGUGUCACACUGAUUUCCCUUUUCUUCUUUAAAGUCCUUAGCCAACUCUACUUCUUUUGCAGUAUUUUGGUGCUUUUCUUGCUGCCUUUCAGAAACUGAACACCAUUUAUUUAGCCUGUGCGUAUUUUGUUUUACCUAAUGCUCUCUAUAUUAUAAACUAUUACAUUGUUAACUUGAAACAUUUACUUUACAGAAGUACUGAAAUCUUGAGACAAUCUUUGAUGUGUUUCUAAUGUUAGAAAAGUUGUAGAAACUGCUAAUAAAAGGUAGCUUAGUGACUGUUUCUCCACAAGUGUGGUAUACAAUAAUGUCUUAAAUGUACGUUGAUUACAUUUCUCACCUUAAUAAUAUUUUUCAACCUGGGAAGUGUGUUUCCCACUUGCUUUUUAUUCUGUCCAUUAGAGUUCAUGAUGGGAAGCUGGGGAACUCCUGCGGUUUCAAUCUGACAAAGCAUUGUGGAUUUGGAUACUGUAAUUCUGCAGAGUACUAGAGUUAAAUAGGCAUUAUUUUUAUUCCAUUAAAGGUUUUUCAUGAAUCAUGAUGAUAAUUUAUUUCUGUCUGUAGUACUACACACCUGACUUACUCUGUAAAUCUCACAGGUUUACACAGUGUAAAUGAGUAUUAAUAUCUUUUUUUUCUUCUUUUUCUGUAAAGCAAACCUUAGGUGGUCGUAAGAGAGGUAAAAUACUAUAAGAUACAGUAUUUUAACCAAGUUCACUGCGAGGUGUUGCCCAUAGAUGAUGUAUUGAAUUUACUCCUAGGUUUCAUCUGGUAUAUAUUUGGAGGCUUUAUAGCAUGUUCUUGUUCCAUUUCUGUACAUUAUUUCGAGCCCUCUCCCACUUGAUGCUGAAUUGUUAUUUCUGAAAUACCACAUUAGAGGGUAUCUUCCCACCUCUGCCUGCAGGAGGAAAGUCUCAUGCCUUUUUUCUGUUAGUAUUACUGUUUCCAUCCCCUCUAUAGCAGUGUUUGAGAUGUGUGUUUCACAUUAAGUUUUGUGCGGGAUUAACAUUGGCAGUAUCGUUAGGUCAGAUUAGUUGACAGGUUCAGUGUCUCUUACCACUUUGCAUCUGUCAGCCCUGAAGAGGUUCCCCAAGUUGUCUACAGUGUUUGCUGUGCCCUGUACAGGUCCAAGGCUUUUUGCUGCUCCUUUUGCCUACCCUUCCCUUGCUAGCUGCUGCCCAGCCUGUCUUCCUGUGAAAUGAUGUCCCUUGGCUCAGCUUGCAUCCCUCUUGCUGCUGUCCCGCUCGCUUGUACUGUUGUGAGCCAACUUAUUCUGAACUGCCCCUUUACAAAUAUGCUGAGUCUGAAUAUAUAAAUGGAUUGUCAUAAUUUUUUUCCAGAGGAGAAUAAAUGGCUGUCACACAUUCACCAAUUUCCAUUAAUUUUGUCCUUUAGCUUAAGCUCUCCAAAAUAUUUCUGGCAUAUGGGUAUGAGUUUCUUUAUUGAACCAAACUGAGUAUGGCAAUGGAUGAGCAGGGUGCUGGGCCAGCACUAGAAUUAACUCUUCUUUGUGAGGAAUGGAAGACCCGUCCUUGUUCCCUGCAGCUGCUUCCAUCUGUGAGUCUUAACCACACGCACAUCCCUCCCUAUCCCAAAUGAUCUUUCUUCCAGGAAGAUCUCAUCAAUACAUACGUACUGCAAAACACCAAUGGGCAAGUUACUAAGUGGAUGCAUCAUAACAACUGCAUGAGCAUAACUGGA